GAGUGUCCUGUUUGUAGCUCUCUCGGGGCCUUUUCUGGACAGUGCUCUUUUGCAUGGCCUGGGAAGCCUAUGCCGCAGGGGACAUCCUUCUACGUGGACUGCACGCACGAAGCUGGAUCUCUGGAGUAUACUGACGGCCAUGCAGAAGGUUGUACAAAGAUCUACGACCUUUGGCGACAUCGACGGGUCACGGAUAAAGGACCUGAUUUCGCGCCAUGCUCGAACCCAGAAUAUAUCCAUGGUGUAGACACUGGCGAGUGGGCCGAGUGUUGCCGCAGCCCGUUGAUGCAUCCUGAUGAUGAACAAGGUCCAAUGAAGAAUGUCCUCAAGCUGCUGGUAGCUCUGGGACUUCGCAAAGGCCACAAGGAGGUCUACAUUUGUCAAGCCUUGAAGGCUGAGCACCACAACUAUGCCUAUGACAUGGCCUCCGGGCUCGGUUGGAUCAAGGACACCUGUGGCGAUUGCGGAGGGAGCGACGAGAUUUGCCUGAAGCCGCGGGUCUUUGACAUCAAGUCAACGCCACCACCAAAGAGUUUUAAGGAUCGAAUGAUGCAGGCUGGGAAGAGCGUGGUCCGCAAGUUGAUUGGCCUCGACCGAAACGUUUGUCUGGGCGUGGGAUACAACUGGAGCUUCGGCCGGAUUGCUCCUGGGCUCAUUGACAUGGUGAAAUCCCUGCCGUGGGGAGACAAGCGGAAGGUUUACUACAUCAACGCAGCUGCAUCGUUCGCGUGGCCAUUGCUACCACAUGAUCUUCAAGAGGAUGUGGAAGCUCGGACCUGCAUUCGAAGACAAAGAUAUCUUCACGACUUCCUUUGAAGAGGGCUGGCA